GUCCCGCACACAAGCACACGCUUGCAAUAUUCCUUUGGUGACGUUCCACCCAGAGUUCAGCCUGGCCGGCACAACCAUUCCAGCCAAGGGGGAGGAGGACUUCCUCACGCUGGCCGCCUCCCGCUUCAGCCGCAAGAAGCGCGUAAUUGGGGCUGGAGUCGGCGUGGCUAUGGUCCUGGUCCUACUGGUGGCCAUCCCCUUACUGGUCCACACCACCAAAGGGGGCGCGUCCGGAGGAGGGGGCACGCAUUACGAGAUGUUGGGGAGCUGCAAGAUGGUGUGCGACACUUUCACCCCCCCUCAAGGAGAGCUGACUGGCUCCUCCCCUCAGCCCCCAGACUUGGCAAACCGUAGGGGCAAACAGGGUUUUAGAGGAAACCCAGGACUUCCUGGUCCCCCGGGUCCUAAAGGCCCACCUGGAGAGCCCGGGAAGCCCGGUCCACCCGGGCCGCCGGGGCCCGGGCCUGGUGGCUAUGGCCCUUCCUUGUACAUCCCCAAGAUCGCAUUCUACGCUGGCCUGCGGAAACAACACGAAGGAAGCGAGGUGCUGAAGUUUGACGACGUGGUGACCAAUGUGGGGAACUACUACGAGCCCAGUACGGGCAAGUUCACCUGCCCUCUGCCCGGCAUCUACUACUUCACCUACCACGUCCUGAUGCGAGGAGGGGAUGGAACAAGCAUGUGGGCUGACCUCAAGAAGAACGGGCAGGUGAGGGCCAGCGCCAUCGCCCAAGAUGCAGACCAGAAUUACGACUACGCCUCCAACAGUGUCAUCCUGCACUUAGACGUAGGCGACGAAGUGUGCGUUCAGCUGGACGGCGGCAAAGUUCACGGCGGCAACACCAACAAAUACAGCACCUUCUCCGGCUUCCUCAUCUACCCUGACUGACACGCUUCUCGACAUCAUCCCCUUCUGCUGCGGUCUCGCCGUACCAUCGGUCAUGCCAACUUUGAAGAGAAUUUCUAGCAAAUGAAUAUAGAAUUGUAUUUUCAUCAGUUAACAUUUACCUCAGACAAACACCUGGUUAGUUGUAAUUCUAUGCCAUGAACAUUUCACAUUUACUCAGACACACGCACACACACUUAAAUAUGACAGAGACAAUACCUCCUCAUGCAGAUAUACGUUAAGCAUAAACAUUGUAAAAAAAAAAAAAACAAUCAUAACUAUAUUGAUUGUAGCUGACUGUGUUUGCAAAAAAGGUAUGUAUGUGUUAUAUGUCUAUGUUCAAAGUCCAAGCACACUUUGUUUGGUUGAAAUUUUGGUUUGACCUUUGAGGUUUGGUUCCAACUGCAUUUGAAAUCAUGUCAAAAUAUUGUGCAAAAUAUGAAAACGACAUGCUUGCCAUGUCUGUUGAUUCUUUUUGAUUUCACCUAUCUCCAUAGUGAAUGUAACCAAGAACAAAAUGGUAUUUUUUUCAGUUGCAGUGACAUCGACUGUAAAUUAAAUUUUAAGAACGCAAACAAAAAACAAUUCCCCGUUUUUAUCAGAUCACUGUAGUGACUCUGUACCCUAAGUUUGUGAAUAGUUUGCGUGCCUUUUCCACAAUUUUCGCAACGACGACCUCACAUCUCAAGUGAAGUUCAAGAUGUGUAUAAAAAUGAGCACAAAAGUGAAAAUUAAAGAAUCAAAAUUGUGUUUAUUAUAGUUGUCCUCCUGUAGCUUUGAACAGAACCUAUGUUAUUUGCUUUAUGCUAAGCUAAUCGUAGCAGCACCUGACCUCUCAUCAAAAGCAAAGUGAACAUUUGACUACCUAUCUCAUUCAUUUUACCUGUGAAAGUACUUCGGUAAAGUUUUUUUUUUCUUUCAAAUGCAGGUGUUUUGAGCAUACACAUAGGUUUCUGUGCCUUACACGCUCUGUUUUCCUUUCAAUUUUCAUGCAUGAAACCUUUCUCAAAUCCAAGCUGAGUUUUCAAGCUGCAAUCCAAGUCUGUGCCAAUGUUGCUUGACAUUUGAGGGAAUACAAGACACUAACCAGGGACUGUGGCUCUUUGAAUGUAAAUGGAUGUCAUUUAUGUCAAUAAACAAAAUGAAAAAAGGACAGAACAACAAAAGUGUGCCUGUCAUAUUAAAAAUGCAUCAAGUAAUGUAAUACGCCAAUGUAUCCAAAAUGUAAAACGUAUUGCAACACAUGCACUGUAGCGCUUGACCUGUGCCAGAGACUUUUGGGCCCCAGAGUGAUGCUUAAUAGCGUGAGUGUGGAUGUUGAAUUGAUUCUGAUGAAAGUCACCAUUGCGCUGGCGUGACACGGCGGGACACAAACAUUCCUCUUGCGUGCCAUGCUACAUCCAACGGUGUCUUCCGCCGCUGUCACGUGUGUGUGUAGCCAUUGUUGUCACAGUACUUUGUAAGCUUGGUUGUUCGUGGCAUUCUCAACACUUGAACAAACACAAUAAAAAAAAAUCGAAACAA